GAGGAAGCACUCGUUCUGAGAUAAUUUCGAGCUCAACCGCCAGUGGCCAGUGGAGAGGUGAGCGGUUCCAGUUGGGAGUAGGACUGCUAGGGCGAUCGCCUCCUCAUCCCAAGCACUCACUCCAUCAUCAUCCUCUGACUCGCCCUAAUCGGCCUACACACUCAUCCUCCUCCUUAUUAUCCCUCCCAUCCCAUCCGAUUCCUUUAUUAUCACUUCCACCCCCAUCUCCAGUCUUCACUCUCUCUUCAAGAAUCCUAUUAACCUGACUCUCUUUUGAAUCUGUCUGUCUGUCUUGGCCUGUCUUGUACUACACUACUCUGCAAGAGCUCGGCUCUGCUGUCUGUCUGUCCUUUUUUUUUACAUAAAACCCACCAGCGCUGCAAUACCAAUAAUCAUCUUAAAACCCAAUUCAAUCUCCCAUUAAUCCUCAUCAUCCUCCAUCCUCCCCUCACUCGCUCACUCACUCGCUCUCCAUCCCCCCAACUCUUCUCUCCCAAAUCUUCACACCCACUACUAUACGCCCAUCACUUUUCCCGUCGUUGGCCAUCACCCUCCAAGCCUCGCGAAGACCUAGCUAAGCAGCCAGCCCUCGGCAUUCAGGCAGCGCCUUCUGCAAUCACCUCAUCCGCUCUAUUAAACGCCUAACGCCUCUCCCAACCUGCCCCUCACCAUUCACUCUCUCCCGAUCAGUAAUUGAUUUCGGCAUCGAUACUCUCGAUCACCCUACCUUCAUUUUUCCCUGUCUUCUCUCUAAUUCCUCCAAUCGCUCCCUUAGCCGAUCUUCCCCUUUCAAGGAUCUUGCUUUAUUCCAAUCAACUCCUCACUCACCCUUCGCCUAAUUAAUUUAUCCCCGAUCGUUCACCCCUCUACGCAAUGGCCCCACGUCGGACCAACAGCCGUGGCACUCAUGUCCGCUCCAUCUCUCUAGCUGAUGAGAAUGCCCCGGUCAACUCACUCGUCGGCCCCCAACGUUCCAAAGCCGCUCUGCUGUCCAAACCGACUCGCACUGGAACAUCAGGAGCUGCACCUUCAAGCUCGAAGGACUCGACUCACAAGUCCUCCUCGUCCGUUGGCACAGGUUUCGUUCCCGGCCGAAGGGUCCUGGGAGACGUUAGCAACGCAGUGAAGGCUGCUAUCUCUGCUAAGGCCGAUCAAGAUGCCAAAGACAGCAAACCUUUUGUUAAACCUUCGAAAGUACGCAAAGUCGGAAGCCAAGCAUCAUUGGACCAUUCUGACUCCUCCCUCAAUGUUCGCAACUGCUCGGAGGGACCUGCUGCCACCUUUGGUGGAAAUGCUGGAAAGAAGGUAGCGGCAACUCUCAAGAACCGCUCAUCUGCUCAGAGCCUCAACUCAACCGGCCUCAAUCCCAAGCGCAAGUCUACUCAGAAGCCAUCCAGCUCAUCCUCGAACCCUUGGGCUGCAGUUGCCCCCAAAGUUUUGCGUGAAGAGCUCAAUGAAGUCGAGGUGAUUGCUGAUUACGAUGAUCAAAUUAAACUAGACGACUUGGAGGAAGUUUCGCACGACUUUGCGCGACACGAAUAUGAGACGAUUUCUUCAAGAGAUGAACACAUGAACUUAGACCCGAAGGAAGAACAGAUGACGAUUGAAGACGAAGAAGUGUCCAAACCUGAAUCAAAGCUAGCUGCAAACGUUGAACCAGAAGAUUUUACCAGUUCUUCCGAGCAAGAUCUCAACGACCGCGAGCACAUGUUUGAAGAACCAAAAGCUCGAGCUCAGUCCUUCAACUCUGAUGAAAAUGAACUCAGCCUAUGCAGGAACAACGUCGAGGAUGAUGUAAACAAUGUACAUGGGGAAAAUUGGAUGAUGCUUCCAGCCGAGGAGGAGAUGGAAUGUCAUCAAGUCAUUGAAGCCAUCAAACGAGAUUUCCAAGAAGAACUCGACUUCUGGGACGCCACCAUGGUAGCUGAGUACAGCGAAGAAAUCUUCAAGUACAUGGAGCAACUCGAGGAAACUACCCUGCCCAACCCUAGAUACAUGGAGUCGCAAACCGAAAUCGAAUGGGACAUGCGUACCACUUUGAUCGAUUGGUUGCUUCAAGUUCACAUGAGAUACCACAUGCUUCCUGAAACUCUAUGGAUAGCCGUCAACAUAAUUGACCGAUUUUUAUCCAAGCGCGUGGUCAGCCUCGUCAAGUUUCAACUCGUUGGUGUCACCGCCAUGUUUGUUGCUGCCAAGUACGAGGAGAUUAUGGCACCGAGUGUCGAAGAAUUUGUCUACAUGACUGAAAACGGCUACACUCGUGACGACAUACUCAAAGGCGAAAAGAUCCUCCUCUCGACUUUGGAUUUCAAAAUCUCUCCUUACUGCUCCCCCUACUCAUGGCUCCGCCGUAUUUCCAAGGCGGAUGAUUACGACAUCCAAACCCGAACGCUAUCCAAGUUCCUCAUGGAACUCACUCUGCUCGACCACCGGUUCUUACGAGCCAAGUCCAGCAUGAUCGCUGCCAUUGGCAUGUACACUGCCCGUCGAAUGCUCGGUGCUGAUUGGAACGAUGCAUUCAUCUUUUACUCUGGCUACGCAGAAGCCCAAUUGAUCACCCCGAUGACCUUCCUGAUUGAAUUCCUAUCAACGGACGGCUUUGAAGAUCGAUUUGUUUACAAGAAGUACGCUAACCGAAAGUUCCUCAAGGCUAGCAUCUUCGCCAGAAACCAAGCUUUGAAGAGAGUUCGAGAGGAGUCUGGUAGUCCUGAUGCUUGAUCAUCACCCGAUCAACGCCACUGUAGGAACAUGAGGACAUGUCGACCAAAACUGGGAUUACGUACUUGUAAUUUUUAUUCCUUUUCUUUCCUUCACCCCUUAAUGUAUUUCGUCUACCAUCCUAACUCUUGUUAUGUACGUUCCCAAUGGGGAUGGUAUGAGUGGACAAUUGGGUUUCAGAAGCCGCCCUAAGUUACUGUGACACCAUUCAGUUGUUUGUUCUUCCAUUUUAAAUCAAAAAUGUCGCCGCAUGGUGGAGAAGUCAACCUUUUUGUUUUGUGUGUUGCUUAAAUUUUUUUGUGGCGUGCUCUGGCUCCUGUUUGUUGUUUCAUGUCAAGAUCCCUUUUUCUUUUGCGCGCUGGUUUUUUUCUUUUUUUUCUUUUUCACUCAUCAAAUUCACACCUUCAUUUACUGUCCUUUUCUUCGUCUGCAUCAUCCAUGUCACAUCAUGGUCUAUACAAAAGAACAAAAAAAACAUCACACCCUUUUUCUUUCCUGUCCCUCCGCUUCUUGAAGCCCUCGUUCUAUAACGUCUUGUUUGUUUUGUAACCAACGAGUUCCACCCGUGUCUUGUUUUUUGCUUCCUCCACAUCGCUUUCUUUUUCAUCCAAUCAUCACUUGUUUUUUUGUUUUCAUCUCCCCCCCUCAACCUUAUUUGUGAUAUAAACAUCAAAAAUAAAAAAAACCCCGCUUCCCUUCUUUAUAUAGGUUUUUUUUUGCAUCCCUUCCUCCAAACUUAUUCUUCUUCCUCUUUUUUCCCUUAUCAUCAUCAUCAUCCCACACCUCCCCGUAUGUAAAUAAACAAACCAAAAUUCAGACAUCACAUGAUCUCGUGUGAUCUCUCCUCACUGGUCCAGUUCCCCCUUUUUCCGUCCGAAAAAACAAACAAACCUUCACUUCACAA